CUCCCUUAACUUGCCCACAUGAUACGUACGACGGUGCUUGAUCAGCUACAAAUUAAAAAGAAAUUAUUCCUCGGGAAAAAUUCCAAUACAAUGAAUAUUGGUUAUAACCAAUAAAUGUGCAUGCCUCGAUUAUAAGCUUUGAGGAUAAUUCACAUCAUCACAUGGCAAACCCUUUCAGGAACUUCUCCAUAAAAGAUAAAUAUGGAGCAAUGGCAGCAACUGCAACAGUACCGGCCAUUGUCAUAUUUGCAGGCGUUUAUGUAGCAUGGGUUUAUGCAAGUCGUGUUCUUAAAAAAUAUAAUCCACCAGUUCUCUCGAAAUCCACAUCCAUUGGAAUGCUCCAUGGUGGCAAACUAGCCUUGAAGAGACUGCUUGAUUAUCACCAUGCCCGAGCGGAUGCGAAUGUGUUGGAUGAGGCUGCCAAUGAGUUAAAGACUGCACUCGGAGACGCAUAUCCAGAUUUCUGGAAUCUGAAGUGUAAUGUGGCAAAGAUGGAAAUGAACGGAAAAGAAGACGAGGCAGUGACGAUGCUAGAAACUGCAUUUGAGGAGGCCAAGAAGCAGAGGAAACCGCAUGAAGCCUACGAGAUUGAAAUGUUGCUCGUCGAAAUGCUUAUAUACAAGGGAGAGUUUAAAAAGGCUAAUGAUUGCGAAUGCUUAUCAAGUGAAGAUCAAAUUUCAGACGCACGCCGUCCAUUAUACAAGGCUGUUCUUCAGAUCUUGCUGGGGCACUCAGAUCUAGCCUUAAAUUGUUGGCAAGAUUUCAAGAGACUUCGGAAACACUUUCUGUUGCAGCCAAGUCUGGAGGAAGAAAAAAUCCACAAAAUUGUCUCCGAUUUUGACGAGUUCAAGAAGUUAAUCAACUUGCUCAAAGAAGAUAUUAAAAAGGAUCGCCUGAGAAAAGCACCAGGACUAAAGAAAUAAACGAUCCAUGGUAUUAUUGUGCUGCAUGGAGUGAGUAGGUCGUAGUGUAAGAAAUACGAUAUGUAUUAAUCCCUUUCCUUUCCUACUACUCUUUUAACUUUUAUCCUUUGUCGGUUCUUCUCAACCCGUGCAUGGCGGUGGACUACUAUCUUCAAACAGUUGAGAGAGUUUUUAUAAAUAAGACAAAAACAGCAUUAAUCUCA